CACCGAGUCGCCGUUGUGGCGCGAAGUACGCCGCGAGUGUAGUACACGACGUCGAGACACUGUAGUGACACGUUCCCGAUUCAAACACUCCAAGAUAACCAGACAGUCACGACCAAUAAGAAGAUAUCCGAUGGUGAUGGAUGUGUGCGAGUGACAUUCGCGGUAGCAAGAUGGCGCUGCGGAGCGCGGGCAGCGGCACGUCGCGCAGCGCACAGCGCGCGCUCGACGAGUUCGAGGAGAUAGCGGGGCUGCGGGGGGGCGGGGCGGGGGGCCCGGGGGGCGGCGGCGACCGCGCCGCCUACGUCCUCGAACACCUGGCCACCUUCACGGUCACCAGGGAGACGGGCAUCGUGUACCCCGCAGACGGCAUGCGGAGGCUGCUACAGUUGGAGAAAACUAACGGAAUAUGGAGUCAGAAAAUGCAGCUGUGUUUGGACGGACAGUGGGUGCUAGUCAUGGAUUACGAGACCGGGUCAAUAAUGGAGCGGUUCCCCGCGUCGUGGGUUCACUCCCCGACCGCGUUCACGUCCCCGGAGCCGGCGGAGCUGUACAACAACGUGCUGGCGUUCGUGGUGGGCGCGCCCGCCCCCUCCCCGCCGCCGGGCCCCGCGCCGCACCCCGCCGACGCCCAGCCGCCGCGACGUGAGCUCCACAUAUUCCAGUGCCACGACGUCGGCGCGCAGACCCUGGUCGAGGAACUCAACGCGCUCAAGGGCAUUGGGAACAGUGUCGCCAGCGACGCCAGCCGCGACUUCAUCAUAGAUCGCGAAAGGGAGAGGGAAAGAGAAAGAGAGACCGAGAUGGACAGACCCCGCAGGCAGCAAAUGUCGGCGCAGCUGGGCGGCGGGCGCGGGGCGGGCGCGGACCGGGACGACGCGUCGUCGACGGGCUCCGAGCGGCUGUACGAGCAGGACAUCGCCAUCCUCAACCGCUGCUUCGACGACAUCGAGAAGUUCAUCGCGCGGCUGCAGCACGCGGCGGCCGCGUCCCGCGAGCUGGAGCGGCGGCGGCGCUCGCGCGGCGGCAAGAGGUCCUCGGGCGGCGGCGGGGGAGGGGGCGGGGGAGGGGGAGGGGGAGCCGGCGCCGGGGAGGGCAUGCUGGCGCUGCGCACGCGGCCGCCGCCCGAGCGCGACUUCGUGGACGUGCUGCAGAAGUUCAAGCUGUCGUUCAACCUGCUGGCGCGGCUGCGCGCGCACAUCCACGACCCGAACGCGCCGGAGCUGGUGCACUUCCUGUUCACGCCGCUGGCGCUGAUCGUGGACGCGGCGCAGGACGCGGCGGACGGCCGGCUGCCGGCGCGCGUGGUGCAGCCGCUGCUCUCCCGCGACGCGCUCAACCUCCUCGCCAACUGCGUCACCAGCAAGGAGACCGAGCUCUGGCACUCGCUCGGGGACGCCUGGCUCAUUCCCAGGGAGCAAUGGAAGACGGUGAUCCCUCCGUACCAGCCCGUGUUCAUGGACGGCUGGUCGCCUGACUACCAGGUGGACGACCAGCCCCUCAGACGGCCGUCCCCGCGGCGCAGCGACGCCGGCGGGCCCGCGGCCGGCCUGGAGCGGGGCGGGGAGCGCGCGGGGCCCGCGGGGCCCGCGGGGGGCGGGGCGCACGGGGCGCACGGGGGCGCGGCGGGGCCCGCCGGGCCCGCGGCCUACGCCUACGACCGGGACGAGCCCGACAUGUACGGGGAGCAGUACGCCCCCUACACCAGGAAUCAAAGAGUGGUGGGUCACGAAGACUCCGGGUCGGCGGCGUCCUCCCCGGACCGGGAGCCCUACCGCGGCGACCGCGACGACGACGAGGCGGGCGAGGCGUGGGCGCGCAGCGUGGCGGCGCGGGGCGGCCGCGUGGUGGUCGUGACCUACCCGCGCACCGCCAACAACGACAAGGAGCUCACCGUCGCGCGCGGGGAGUACCUCGAGGUCCUGGACGACUCCCGCAAGUGGUGGAAGGCCCGCAACCGCCGCGGCGUUGCGGCGCACGUGCCGCACACGAUCGUGGCGGCCGCGCACCCGCCGCCAGCCUCGCCGCACCUCUACCCCAACCCCAUCUACACGCACCACGAUAACGGCGGCCGAGGCUCCGGUGGCAGCAGUCCUACAGGUGCGACGGAGAAGGCGUCGCCGCCUCCCCCGCCGCCGCCGCCCCCGCCCCCGCCCCCCGUGCCCGCCCUCGCCGCACCCGUCGCAGCCUCCGCCAAGAGUGACACGCUCAAAUCGAGGAAAUCGGUAAUGAGUACCAACAGCGACCUGAACGAUGAGUUGAAAAUUGUGCUGCCACAGAUACAGCAGAGGAAGAACAAGCUCGACUUCAUCAAGAAGACGCCGGACAUCUUCAUUCACCAGAAAUCGAACCCGCAAGAAGUAGGAGAAUGGCUGGAAGCGAAAGGCUUCAGUCAGCUGGCGCAGCGCAAACUGCGUGUGCCCGGGUUCCAGCUGUUCUCGUACAGUCGGUCGCAGCUGGAGGCCGUGCUCGGCACCGACGAGGGCAAGCGCCUCUACAGCCAGAUCCUGGUGCAGCGGAACGUCUCCGGGUACAAGACCACUACGUCUUCAGAGCUGCAGAAUAUCCUGCGGAAAGUCCGGGAGAAGGUGGAGGUUUCGUGAACGGCCACCGCGCCACAGAGGAUGACUCGUCGUACUGCUGAUCCCAGUUCAGAAUCUACUGAUUACCAAUAGGUAGAGACAAUAAUUCUCAAACAUUGCCGCGUGGUGGACGUAUGAUCUGAAUUAAAUGGUACUACGAGGAACCAAAACGUAUUCCAUAUAAUCGUUACAUAUUAUAGUAUAAAACAAAGUCGCUGUCGCUGUCUAUCCGUCCCUAUGUAUGCUUAAAUCUUUAAAACUAUGCAACGGAUUUUGAAUAAGUUUUUUUAAUAGAUAGAGUGAUUCAAGAGGAAGGUUUAUUUAUAUUAUACAUGUACACCUGUGCGAAGACGGGGCGAGUAGCUUGUAAAAUUAUAAAAUAGCUAUACGAAACCUGAGUGUUUUUUUAAUAAAGUAAUUUAAAAAAAUCUAUGUAUGCCUACAAAAUUUCUUUACAUUAUAAAUGAUGCCCAUACAUGCUCCAUGAUUACAAGUCAGUGAUCGUGACAUGUUCAUACAUGUAA